CCUUCAAAUAUAACUUCUUUCGGUUAUGAAGGGGCUGCUUCUUGGUCGAGAAUCGGGGUGAGAAUUUACUUUGCUGCAGAAAGCACGCAUUUAUUUUACAGAGACGGUUGGGUUGAUAUGGCUAGUCAUGGUAUUCCCCGCGUCAGCGCGGUAGAGCGGACUGAAGAAGCUCAUAUGCAAGAGCUUCAGAAAAUUGAAAAGUAUCGCAGUUUAGAAAAAGUCGUUGGUGAAAAGAUCACGGCACAAGAAUAUACACCCGAGACACUGCAGAAGCUAUCCGAGUUACUAACCAAAAACCCUGAAUACUACACGGUGUGGAACUACCGACGUCAAGUGCUUCAGCAUGAAUUUUCCCAGGCAGCAUCCGAAGACACAAACGAAGCCGCUGUGAACCGAAUUACCAGUCUCAUCAAGACUGACUUGCAAUUUCUAAUUCCCCUUCUUCGUAGCUUUCCCAAAUGCUACUGGAUCUGGAACUAUCGCUUAUGGCUUCUUGACCAAGCGAAGCGACUGCUCCCGCAAGCCACCGCUCGUAAACUAUGGCAGGAGGAACUUGCUCUUGUAGGCAAAAUGCUUAGCUUGGACAGUCGAAACUUCCACGGUUGGGGUUAUCGGCGCUUUGUGGUAGAAACACUAGAGACACUUUCUUCGGAAGAAGAGAAUGAGAAGAGCUUGGCCCAGGCGGAGUUUGGGUAUGCGAAGAAGAUGAUCAGCACAAAUCUUUCCAACUUCUCUGCCUGGCACUAUCGCACCAAGCUUAUACAGCGGCUCUUGAACGAGAAAUCAGCCGAUGAUGAGGAGCGGAAACAAAUGUUGGAUGACGAAUUGGAACUUAUCCAUCGUGCCUUGUGCGACCCAUAUGAUCAGUCACUGUGGUUCUACCACCAAAACCUGAUGUGUACCUUUGACCCAGAAACUGCAAGCCAUACGAUGGCACCGAACCUGAGUGGUUCAGAGCGGUUGGGCUAUCUCCAAAGAGAGAUUGAGGAAAUCCAGGACAUGCUGGAUGGGGCGGAGGAUUGCAAGUAUAUCUACCAAGCGCUCAUCGACUGCUCUCUGUUAGCUGCCAGGGUAGAAGGGGCAAUAGUGGAUGGGGAUCAACAGCAGCAAAUACUCGAAUGGCUAUCCGAAUUAAAGAAGUUGGACCCGCUAAGAGCUGGACGGUGGUUGGAGUUGGAACGAUCGCUUUGCCGCUGAGGAUAUCAUUCCUUGCGUUAUGGGUACUUGAUGCUAUUAUCGCCAAUAGAUCGAGAUUACUGCCUUCUUCGUUUGUGAUCUCCUGCUCUUUAACUCGUGAUGGGUACAACAAAUGGUUGAUUUGAAGCUAAAAAAAACAAAUAAACAAAUAAACAAAUAAAUACAAAUAAAAAUGAUCACAUGGGAAUGGGG